AAACCGAAGCCGCUCUAGCAGUCGCAGUCGCAGUCGCAGCCGAAGCAACAGCUCCAGAGAGAGACGCUACCGAGGUCGUCGAAGUCCUAGUCGGCGAAGUCGCCGGUCAAUCGAGGAGGAGCGCCAUCAGCGUCGCCGCGUCAGCAGUCAUCAUCAUCAUCAGCGAGGCGGCGGUCGCCGUCGUCGCCAGUCGCCGAGUCGAUCACCACCAUCGAGGCGAAGUCGCAGCCGAUCGCCGUCCUUUGGCGAGCGGGCCCGUCGCGGCGGCGGCGGCGGAGGUGGUAGUCGUCGUCUGUCCGCCACCGCCGUCAAGUGCCUCGGCGUCUUCGGCAUCUCGGUGUUCACCCAGGCCGACGACCUCCACCGGAUCUUUGCCCGCUAUGGGCGCGUCCGCGACGUGCAGCUGGUGAUGGACCGCUUCAGCCAGCGCUCGCGCGGCUUUGGCUUUGUCUACUUUGAGCGGCAGCGAGACGCUGAUGAGGCGAAAGAAGGCUGCAACGGCAUGCAGCUAAACGGGCGGACCAUUCGCGUCGACUACUCGGUGACGCCGCGCGCCCACUCGCCCACGCCCGGCCGCUACAUGGGCAAUCCUAAUGA